AUGUCAGUCUCCGAUGAAAGUAUUCGACAGUCUCAUCAUGAAGAAAAGCCAGAAAAUGGCAAAUGUUCCAACUGUCGAAUCCCCCUAAAAGUCGAACAGAAGUACCCACCGCUGCAUAUGACGGCCCGGGCACGCUUCCCACAUACAAUCGGCCAGGUUCGUAAGGCCGCUGGCGCAGGGUGUGCACAAUGCCAAGACCUGCUCGCGAUUUACAACCAGCGGAGUCUGCGGCUGUUGAUGAAGACACAUCUUUUUGGCAAAUGCUUCUGCUGUACCGGUAGGGUCCAACGCGCUCGUUAUUUGGCGCGGAGCCUCAGCAGGAGGCCGUUCCAACUUGUCUUCGCGGGAGUGCCGGCCAGUUCUCAGCCAGACAGCCCUCUGCACUCAUUUGCAUACCUUGAUUGCGGCAGUGGGCAAACAGCACGUCGCUACAACGCAUAUACCUAUACUGACGAUGACGCUUCGUGUAUCUUACCUGCUUUCGACCCGAACGUUGAUUCCGAACGAACAAAGUCGGAAAUUCAGGACUGGUUGUCAAGCUGCACAUGCCUAGCAAAGUCACAGAACCUAGACCAAGGGCGGUUCAAACCAACACGCAUCAUCGAUGUCGGCGAAACCCCUGGAGCAGACGUCGUGGUCAAGCGCACCUUGGGGCUUGAUGUUCGAGCCUACGUUUGUCUCUCUUACACUUGGGGCGGGCCUCAAGCACUGAUGUGCAACUCAUCUAAGAUCCAAACCUCUCAGCUUUGGAAGAUACCCCAUGAUUGUAUUCCCGCCGUUUUCAAAGAUACUUUUAAAGUCGUUCAGCAGCUGGGAUUUCGAUAUGUCUGGAUCGAUAGUCUAUGCAUUGUUCAAGACGACCAUCAAGACUUGGAGAUCGAGCUGUUACAGAUGCCCAACAUUUACAAGUAUGCAGAUCUGACCAUCUGCGCCUCAUCCUCCAAGACUUUCACAGAGGGUUUUCUACAGCGACGACCAGACUUCAGCGAAAGACGGAUUCUACUCAAUCUCCCACAAAACAAGUCAGGAACAGCAUACAUGGACUCGUUCACCUGGUGGUCACCACCCAUCACAGAACCGAUCGCACAACGUGCAUGGGCAUACCAGGAGCGCUUGCUUUCCCCUCGACUUCUCGAGUACGGCUGGAGAACAGCGCGAUGGAGCUGCUCCUGUCACAGAAGCUAUAGCGGUAGCAACAACCUUUCUGUCCAGCAUUGUACUCGAGGGGUCUCAGAGUCUGUGAAUAGGGAGAGGAUUUACAGCCUCUUUUCGUACUUGAACCCACAGGGUCUACGGCACAUUUCGCUCUCUGCAUCCGACCUAUUUGUCACCUGGACCAGGGUCGUCCGCAAGUACUCGGCUCUGAAGCUGACUUUUCCGCAAGACCGAUUGGCUGCGAUUAGUGGCGUGGCCAUUGAGCUCCAGGAAUCGACAGGCGCGCAGUACCUCGCCGGUCUGUGGAAACAUGAAUUGCUACCGUCGUUCUUGCUGUGGCGAACAGAGAUGUCCUUUCCCAAGAGAUGCAAGCGACCGGAUGACUGCCGAGCACCAUCUUGGUCUUGGGCUGCGAUCGAUGAGGGUGUAAUCUUCGAACAUAGCAGGGUGGUUAUAGAACCGUUCUCAGUCGUUGACGUUGAAGUUUCGGGGGAUUUUGAUGCGUCGAUUCAGGGAUCUAUGAAGAUGCGUGGACCUAUUCGAAGAGAUCCCCUCUGGAGUAGGGGCAGAAGCGUCACUUUGGAUUCGUCAGAAGCGCACCUCACGAUUACCUCAUUGGAUGGACAGGAAUGUCUCAUCUGGCCCGACUGUCUCGGUGAUAUAGUGCGUUGGAACCAAGGAAAACUCGAGCUCAUGGGAGUCACGUUAAUGUUCAUAGUUAUUGGGCGAUGUCAGGCGGAUCAUAGCGUUGUUCGCGGGCUGAUGCUUCAUCAGUGUGAAGCGGAGGGGAACAGCAACUACAAAAGAGUGGGCAUGUUCCAGACUCGAGACGAGGGUGACUUCAUGCUCGAGAAUUGGGACAUUGAAGAGAUUGUAGUCGUGUGA